CAAGCACCCUGCCGGGGGCCCGCCGGGGGCAGGGCCAGGCCCGGGUAGGAGCCGCCCCUUCCUGUCCCCUUUGUGUUUGCAGCAGCGCAGCCAUGGCCGGGGCCGGGAGCGCAGCGCGGAGGCUGCUCCAGCCCCGCAGCCCGCGGAGCAGCGCGGAGGCACCAGAAGAGUGUCUGGCCCCUCUGCGAAAAGAGAGAGAAGUAGCCAAAGCCGAGGAGAAGCGGCAAAGUGAGGAGCUGCUGAAACAGAUGGAAGUCGAGAGGCAGAAGAUCGUCUGGGAAUGGAAGGAGCUGCAGGGGUUUCUGGAGGAGCAGGAGCAGCUGCUGCUGUCCCAGUUGGAAGAGCUAGAGAGAGCCAUUGUCCAGAGAAGGGAUCAGGGCCUCUGCAAACUUUCUGGAGAGAUUUCUGCGGUCAGUGAGAGAGGAGGAGAGAAGGGGCAGCAGCCGCUGAGCCAAUCCCUGCAGGAAGUACCAAGAAGUAACAACAACAAUAACACAAGUAUAUGUUGGGAGGGUGCUGGAAGCACUGGGAGCAGCAGGGAGGACAGGAAGUUUCAGAAGCCAGAGCCGGGGUUUGUGGAGCUGGAGAAGAGGCUCUGCGAUUUCUCUCUGAAAAGUGCCAUCCUGCAAGAGGUGCUGCGGGGAUUCAAAGAGACUCUGCGACUGGAGCUGGGGAGUGACACAGGCUGCAGAACAACAUCCACGUUUCACUCCAGAUGGGCCCAGCCUCCCAGGGGAUGGGGAAGGGAAAUGGCUGCUGUGGAGCUGGCUCAGGGUCUGGUGACCUUCGAGGAGGUGGCUGUGUACUUCACCAGGGAAGAGUGGGCUCUGCUGGACCCUGCUCAGAGAGACCUCUACUGGGAUGUCAUGCAGGAGAACUAUGAGACGGUGACGAUGCUGGGGUUACCAGUUUCCAAACCUGAGGUGAUGUCCCAGCUGGAACGAGGGGAAGAGCUGUGGGUCUCAGAUCUCCAGGGCUCUGAGGAAAGAGAGCUUCUGAGAGAAACCUGCACAGGAGAUGGUGGGAUGGUGAGUGAGAACGGGGAGCAGAAUCCAAAGCAGGAAGAUGCUGAGCAUGUGGAACCGCGCUGGGAAGUAUCACAAAGGACGAAAGGGGAUGUGUCCAGGAGUCAUGAGAAGAGGCAGCAGGGAAACCAACCAGGAGAGAAAAUGGGGAAAUCCAUCAAUUGUGAGGAAAAUCACAAGGACCUCCAGGAAACCACAGCCCAGCAGAGAAUCCUCAUGGGAAAGAGGAAACACAUUUGCCCUGAGUGUGGGAGAAACUUCAGUAGGCGCUCACACCUCAUUCACCAUGAGCGAAUCCACACGGGAGAGAGACCCUAUGAAUGCUGUGAGUGUGGGAAAAACUUCACUCGGCGCUCGGACCUUAUUAGACACCAGAAAACCCACACAGACGAGAGCCCCUAUGAAUGUUGUGAGUGUGGAAAAGCCUUCAUUUACUGCUCAGACCUGAGGAGACAUCAGAGGAUCCACAGGAGACAGAGACCCUAUGAAUGCUGGCCUCCCUCCCUCCCACCGUCUUCCCUACAAACUGUGACCACAGCCUCUGUUCCUCAGUCCUCACGAGGUGAUCCCUUCCCUUUCAUAAAUGUGCAUUUGCUUGGUGACAUCAUAGGGUUACCAGUUUCCAAAUCUGAGGUGAUGUCCCAGCUGGAACAAGGGGAAGAGCUGUGGGUCUCAGAUCUCCAGGGCUCUGAGGAAAGCGAGAUCCUGAGAGGAACCUUCCCAGGAGAUGGUGGGAUGGUGAGUGAGAACAGGGAGCAGAAUCCAAAGCAGGAAGAUGCUGAGCAUGUGGAACCGCACUGGGAAUUGUCACAAAGGACGAAAGGGGAUGUGUCCAGGAGUCAUGAGAAGAGGCAGCAGGGAAACCAGCCAGGAGAGAAAAUGGGGAAAUCCAUCAAUUGUGAGGAAAAUCACAAGGACCUCCAGGAAACCACAGUCCAGCAGAGAAUCCUCAUGGGAGUGAGGAAAUACAUAUGCCCUGAGUGCGGGAGAAACUUCAGUAGACGCUCACACCUCAUUCACCAUGAGCGAAUCCACACGGGAGAGAGACCCUAUGAAUGCUGUGAGUGUGGGAAAAACUUCACUCGGCGCUCGGACCUUAUUAGACACCAGAAAACCCACACAGACGAGAGCCCCUAUGAAUGUUGUGAGUGCGGGAAAAGCUUCAUUUACUGCUCAGACCUGAGGAGACAUCAGAGGAUCCACAGUAAACAGAGACCCUAUGAAUGCUGGCCUCCCUCCCUCCCACCGUCUUCCCUACAAACUGUGACCACAGCCUCUGUUCCUCAGUCCUCACAAGGUGACCUCUUCCCUGGCAUAAAUAUGCAUUUGCUUGGUGACAUCAUAGGGUUACCAGUUUCCAAACCUGAAGUGAUGUCCCAGCUGGAACGAAGGGAAAAGCUGUGGGUCUCAGAUCUCCAGGGCUCUGAGGAAAGCGAGAUCCUGAGAGGAACCUGUCCUGGAGAUGGUGGGAUGGUGAGUGAGAACGGGGAGCAGAAUCCAAAGCAGGAAGAUGCUGAGCAUGUGGAACCGCGCUGGGAAGUAUCACAAAGGACGAAAGGGGAUGUGUCCAGGAGUCACGAGAAGAGGCAGCAGGGAAACCAGCCAGGAGAGAAAAUGGACAAAUCCAUCAAUUGUGAGGAAAAUCACAAGGACCUCCAGGAAACCACCGCCCAGCAGAGAAUCCUCAUGGGAGAGAGGAAACACAUUUGCCCUGAGUGCGGAAGAAACUUCAGUAGACGCUCACACCUCAUUCACCAUGAGCGAAUCCACACGGGAGAGAGACCCUAUGAAUGCUGUGAGUGUGGGAAAAACUUCACUCGGCGCUCGGACCUUAUUAGACACCAGAAAACCCACACAUGCGAAAGCCCCUAUGAAUGUUGUGAGUGUGGGAAAAACUUCAUUUACUGCUCAGACCUGAGGAGACAUCAGAGGAUCCACAGGAGACAGAGACCCUAUGAAUGCUGGUUACCAGUUUCCAAACCUGAGGUCAUGGCCCAGCUGGAACAAGGGGAAGAGCUGUGGGUCUCAGAUCUCCAGGGCUCUGAGGAAAGCGAGAUCCUGAGAGGAACCUUCCCAGGAGAUGGUGGGAUGGUGAGUGAGAAUGGGGAGCAGAAUCCACAGCAGGAAGAUGCUGAGCAUGUGGAACCACACCAGGAAUUAUCACAAAGAACGAAAGGGGACAUGUCCAGGAGUCAUGAGGAGAGGCAGCCAGGAGAGAAAAUGGGCAAAUCCAUCAAUUGUGAGGAAAAUCACAAGGACCUCCAGGAAACCACAGCCCAGCAGAGAAUCCUCAUGGGAGAGAGGAAACACAUAUGCCCUGAGUGUGGGAAAAACUUCAGAAGUCGCUCACACCUUAUUAACCAUGAGCGAAUCCACACUGGAGAGAGACCCUAUGAAUGCUGUGAGUGUGGGAAAAACUUCAUUCGACGCUCACACCUUAUUAGACACCAGAGGAUCCACACCGGUGAGCGACCCUAUGAAUGUUUUGAGUGCAGGAAAACCUUCAUUUACUGCUCAGACCUUAGAAGACAUCAGAGGAUCCACACAGGACAGAGACCUUAUGCAUGCUGUGAGUGCGGGAAAAGCUUCCAUCAGGGGUCACACCUUAUUUAUCAUCAGAGAAUCCACCAGGGAGAUAAACAUCAUAAAAUCCUUGUCUAGGGCUGGCAAAACAUACAUUUUUUCUUUAAUAUUUUUGGUACUUCCCACACAUGGCCUUUAAGGCUGUUAGUGCCAUUUACGUCACUGUGGUCUCAGCUCCCCCAGGUGAGUUGUGCGGUUCUGCUUUUUGCAGCUACCCCUUUUGGGGUGAAUCCCCAAGGACCCUUUCUGCCAGCUGCUUUGUUCUGAGUUAUGGGAGUAUGAGUCCAUCUUACUAGGAAUGUGCAUAAGGCUCAGGGGAGGGAAACACAAAAGACCUCAGUUAGCUGCAUUAUGUUAAAAUCUACCUGGGCCUUGUCUCCAUUAGCACUUUUUGUAGUUAACCAGCAUGAGUGAGCUAUCCAGAUGGAAAACCACAACUUUGUUUUCUGUACUAACAUGGCCCAAGUACAGUAGUGUGGGUUAGCUAGCACUUUCCCCCUCAACCUGUCCUAAUCUCCUUCACUUUUCCUAGUCUAGAGAAACCGUUAUCACGAUGGUAAAACUUUUGUAAAAUAACACAACUCAGUAACGAGACAGUGCCAAGUGAAUCAGGUUUCAGUGGAUCAGAGGAGAAUGCAACGGGAAAAUCGGUGGUUCUCAUUCUGAGUCAUCAGAUGUAACCUGCUUUAGAAUCUCAUUCCAUCUGAAACUGAAAAUGUCUUAUACCUCUGUGAGCAGGGUCGGAUUUCCAACUACGCACACCGGGCAGGGUGCCAAGUAUGUGAUUUUCUAGCCCAAAUGGGCUAUUUUUAGCUGUCAGUUGCCAGGGUUUUUAGCAGUUGCAAGUUGCAGGAUUUGGGGCUAUUUUGCUGCCCUGCUGCCACUGGCUACACUGCUCAGGAGGGAGGGAGCCUCCUGAUCCGUCCCGUUCCUUGCCGAGAUGCCCCACACACCGCUUGUCUCACGUCGUGCCACCUCCCCUUGGGUGACAUUUGCAGCAUGCGCAGCAUUCUUGUCCGAGGGAGAAAAUUUUUUUUCUGCACAAAUGUGCUGCAGUUCUGCCUUUCGCCCACCAGGGCCCACGGUGGUGCCAGAACAGCCUGAGCUGGCUGAGGCUGACUGGUCGGGCCGGCGGCGGCAAAGAGCCGGCAGGCGGGUGGGAGGGUAUCCGGGCAGCCGCCGCCUUGGAGCCAGGUUAGGAGGCAGAGCUGGCCACACAGGGCUGCUGGGGGGGGGCGUGUCACAGGACCCCAUGGGGCCGCUUAAGAUGCUGUCCCUAGGGGCACAAAAGGUGUAAAUCUGGCCCUGGUUUUUCUCUCUUUCCUGAAGGCGGUUUGGUCACACAACUGGAUAUUACUUUUCUGUGGCAGAAUGUAGUUCAGAUUUAUUGGGGACAUUGAGGCAAAUGACCAGUUGCUUCAAUAGUCAUUUCUUCCUUUUUUUUUUCCUCCACCCUUCCAUGAUGACAUGGGGAAAGUUCAAAGGCAGCUCAGUCAACAGGAGUGAAUACUCCCAGUUCUGGGAUACGCUACCAAGGAAACGGGAGUGGUUUGAAAUCUCCAGUGGCGAACAACAGCACACCCCAAACUCUGCAACUAACUGGGUAUCAUGGCAGUGUUGUUCAAUUAUUUAAGUCAGUAUUAUCUCAGAUAAUGCAGGGAGAGAGUGCCACAGUAAGGGACUUGGAACUAGGCAAAAUGCCCAUGUAUUUGAUUCCCAACACAGUUGUGACCCAGCCCCUACAGGAAGUUACUCCUGAAGAUAUCUCCUAGCUAAUCCUAAUAUUUGGGAAAUACUGCCUUUAGCUAUGCAGAUGUGGAGGGAAUAGAAUUGAUGUUUUUGUUGAAUUCACCCUUUGUAAUGCUGCAAAUGUGUAUAAAAUGCAAUCGAUGUUGAAUGUGAGACAGCUGAAGAAAAAUAACUCUUUUUGAAUAGAAA